AUAAUAGUACUAUUGAAUUAAAAUUAGAAUGUUAUUUAAGUGAAGUUAAAAAACAAUAUCACGAAUUAGCAACUAUUGUAAAAAAUUUAAAUGAUUAUGAAGUUAUUUCAAUUGAUGAAUAUUUACCAUUGAAUUGUAAUCAAAGAUAUAAAUUUAUUACCAAUUUAGCUUUAGAUACUACUAUAAUGUUAUAUAGAUAUUAUCAUGGAAACUAUCUUGGAACCUUAAAUUUUAUAUGGCGAAUACCAACUGAUCCAAAUAUAAGAUCUGAAAAUUUGCAAGCACAAGCUAUUAUUAGUAUUCAAAAUAAGUUACCAAAAUAUUUUACUAGAGCAAUGCGUAAAAAUAUAUUUGCAAAGUAUUCCUUAUUAAGUAAAAUUACACCCCAUGUUUUAUCAUUAUUGCAACAUGAUUUAACAGGAGAUAUUAGUGCACCAGAAAAUUCUCAAUCUAGAGAAUUAGAUGAACGUCUUAGAUUAAUGCUUGAAAUUGGAGACUCAGAUAUUUUAGUAGAUUUAAGAAUUAAUAAUGGCUUUAAAGGUACCAAAUUUGAUAUUUUUUGGGAUGAACUAAAAUUAUAUUUUGAAGAGAAUACUCCAGCAGUUCAAGAUCGUAGAUAUGGAUCAAUACUUUAUAUGCCAUCAUUUAUUUCUGUACGUAAUCUUAAAGAUCAAAUUAUUACUCGAAUUAAAAAUAAGUUGUCUAAUAUAGCAGAUUUUGAUAAUAUUGCAAUUCCUUCUGAAAGAUGGAUUAGUUAUCAAUUUCUUCCUAAAAAUCCUUGGGCUAAAGCUAGUACUGAAUAUGUAGAUCAAUUUGAAAUUAAAUAUAAAGUUCAAGCACGUCUUUUACGAAAAUCACAUCCUGAUAGUCAUUAUUGCAGAGCAAUUUUUAAAUAUCUUCGCCAUUUUUCAGUAAAAUUUAAAAAUAAUCUUGGAUUAAUUUUUGCUGAUGAUAAACAUAAAAUUCCUAUAGGAGAAGAUACUUCAACUUCAACUGAUUCUAUGAGUAGUUUAUCUGAAGAAACUUUUGCUUCCCUUAAAACUUUAGAAGAAAUUCGCAAUGAGGCUGAAAAUUUAUCUAAUAACCAACAUUAUAAAGAAUUUGAUGAUAUAUAUCAACAAGAAACAACAGAGCAAUUUAAACCUUCAAUUAAAAAAUUAAAAUCUGAAGAAACUUCUGCAGGAAUUUUUGUAAAUAAUUUUAUUCGAUUGUUAGUUGCUUGUGACUUUUGUGGAAAGUAUCGUUGCAUAUAUUCUAAAACUAUAUUAAAUGAUAUUGAAAUGGAAGCUAUUACUCAACAUUUUGAUAAUAUUAUAUAUAGUUGUAGAUCACCAAUUGUUUCAGAUGAUCAUUUUCUUGCUAAUACUCUUUAUAUACGUCUUAACUUAACUUGCAAUUCACCAAUUGAGCAUAAUUACUAUUCUUGUAGACUUAAAGAUGUAGAUUUAUGUUUUUGGUGUGGCUCAGAAGAUGAAUUACUCGAAAUUCCUUCUGAAAUACAAGAAAAUUGGAAAUUAAUUUAUCCACUUU